AUGCCUUCAAUUUUUAUAUCCCGAUAUGAGGAUAUUUCGCAACUUAUAUUGAAAUCACUGACAAGUGGGGAGGAAGAAUCCUACCAAGAAAGUAGUUAUAAUCAUCAUCACCAUCACGAACAUGGAUCAAAGAAACACAAAAAUUACGACAUUACAUUAUCGGAAUUUCAUGACAUGUUUUCGAAAGUGCCUUCGAUGGAACAAACUCUACAGCAUCAACAACGAGCCACCAAUACCGAAAAUAAGGUGGUUCCUUUCAAUAAUCACAUUGAGAAAAAAGAUGAUACAACAUUUUGGGUUUAUGAUCCGACCGAUUUUGAUCCAUGGUUUGUGGCAAAGUUUAAUCCACCAAACUCGGAAACGUUUGUGGCGAGCAAUGUAGAAUUUAUUGUGAGCACUACAGCUCCAAGAUAUAUAAGAAAUAUUAUGAAUGCCAUACAAGUGGCUUUCAAAAUGGCAACUGCAAUUAAUGCCAACUGUUAUUUAAAAGAUUCAACAAAAUCAUAUACCAUUACCAAUGAUUCAAUAAGGAAAUGGCUUUUUGACCCUCAAAUGGUCUUUGUAAAAGACAAACAAAAGGAAUGGAUUGAUAAGAUGGAACUCAUGGUACAAAAGAAGAUGGCUCCUCUUGAAUUUCCAAUAGGAAAUAUGGACAUGAUUCGAGAUUUCUUCUUUUUUGAAAUUACUCGAAUCUCGGACGUGGUGGCAACGUUUAAAUCUCUUCACAAGAUCAUUCCUCCUUCCUUGAGCGUGGCUGCUCUUGACGCAAAUUUAAUGGAUAUUCCAGAAUUUCGCCAAGCCACACCAGAAGAGAGACCUAUAUCGAGGUUCAAUGAGCAUGAAAAUCACUCUUGCCUUAUCAUUGAUCGAAAAUCAAAAAUAUGCAAAACAAAAGUGGAAUGGGAUAGCGCUGAGAAAGUCUUGCGAGUGUCCUCCAACUAUUUUGCAAGACCACCCGUUGGAGGCAUGUACAGAACUCUUCCAUUUCAUUCACUUGCAAGUUGUACACUUCUCAUUUGCAAAAGUAUCAUGAUCCAUCUGGGGAAGUCUUGGAGUGACGAUUGUUUCCUCAAUACCCGAAGUCUCAACGAAGAAUUUGUCAAAAAUCUUCAAGAAAAAUUGAAACAUGAUCCAAUAAGUACAGAAUUUUACUAUUGGCUCGAACAAGCUCAACGAGAAGACGACCAAUUACUUCUCUCAGAUAAGUAA